GGAAAAAACCCUUUUGUAAUGAAACCAGUGAGAGUUGCAUUUGUUUUGCUGUCAAUGAUCUGUCAGUGCUUUUUCUCACAAUCCUUGCUAUCAUGUUCAUUGUUUGGAGAAGGCCCAAGCUCACACGGCGUAUAAUUUGCAUGUGGGCCUGAAUUACUGUUUGUAAGUACGAUAACCACAUACCAGUCACCUACCUGUGAAUCGAAUCUCCCGUUGGUUUUUAUCGUUAUCACAGAUAUAUCGAAUAGAAAAACCAAUUUAAUACAGUGUUUUGAUAUAAAUCUAACUUCCAUGAGAAAAAUUUAUGUGUUUUUACAAAGUAUUCAAUCGUUUAGAUAAUAUUUCAAGACAAAAUGGAGGAUGUUAGAGCUAUGGCACACUGAGAAUCUUUUGUUCAAUCAAAGGUGAUGUCAACGAUGACUGUAAACAGACUGAAAAAUGGCCUCUUUGGCUUAACGUUGGUAUUUGCACUCUUCCAAGGCAACGUCUCUGGAAAAUCAACAGGCAUCCAAAAGAAAGGACAACAACGAAGCUACAUCGAUAUCGAUGUUACAGAUCCUUUCAAAGUUCCGAAAGCCUCAGAAUAUAUUGACCAACCGAUUCCUACAUAUGACAGUUAUGGGAAUAAAAAAUCUGAAGAGAAUGAUCAUACUAUCAAUUAUAAGAUUGGAAACGUGAAAAUCCAGUCAGAAAACAAAGCUGAGGUUGAAGAAGGACAGAAUCAUGGGUAUGAAGAGCAGGCCAGGCCUGAAGAAGAAGGCAAAGAACAAUAUGGGCAUGGGUUUCAUAAUUAUAUGCCUGAGGAUGGCCCAGAAGUUCCAGCUGAUCAAGAAGAAAGUCCUCAUGAUGUCGAACCAGAGCCUUUUCAUUCAAAUUAUGACGAUGACGAACAUAUGCAUGGUGACAGUAGGCAUAAUGUCCCAAAAGGGGAGUGGGGACACGAGGAUAAUGGACCACGAAAUGAUGAGAGACCUCGCGAAGAAUCUGGUGGACAUUUAAGAGGAGAUUAUGGCCCAGGAAAUGGGGAUUUUAGAAGACACGAAGGUGAUGAACAAAGAUUUGAUCACGGCGACGAAGAAAGGGAGAAUGGCGACCAUGUAAGAGAGCACGAAGAGGAUCAUGAAGACAACUGGGAACGUAGAGGCGAUGGUGAAGAUCAUGAACGGGAAUUUGGACCACGCGAAGAAGAACCUAGAAUGGAUAGUGAUAGGGAAAAUACUAGAGACAGAGAAUAUUACGAAAAAGAUGAUGCUAAAAAUUGACUGCAAUAUAAUGGUAAUACAACUAGAAAAUUCGAUGAUUGUCCCAAGUGUUAAACACUUAAUUUUAGUGCAGGGUAGAACAGGGUUUGCUUACAUGCCUUGAAUUUAUAAGAGUUCUAAAAUGCAAGACCUGUGUAUGUAAGGCACAAUAAUAUCCUCACAUUCAAGCUAAUAUGAAUAAAAGAGUGCGUCAAAAUGAUAUGUAGAAUAUUAAAAAGAUAUGACCAAGGGGUUAUGGUAUAUUUUGGAGCGCAGUAUUUGGAAUAAGAAAAGUGUCUGAUUGUACUUCGAAAGCUCAUUUGGUAAAACGAGGCUGGAAAAUUGCGUUCCUACUGAAAUGGAAAUUUCUUAGCAGAUUGCUCUUUUUUGAGAAGAUUGCUGCAAAAAAUCCCCAGUUUCAAUAAAAUGUAUAAUUUCCAAUCUUAUUUCAUGAAGUCUAUUUUAUAAUCAACACCUUUAGGUUAAAACAGACAAGCAGAUCUAUUCAGAAUUUGAUUUGAAAAGGGAUUAGUUCUAUUUGAAUAAGGACUAGUGAUCCAGAUCUCUGUUUAAAAUCUAGAGGCAAUCUUGAUCUCAGCUGGCAAUUUAGAGGCAACCCUCAUGUUUAGAUUUCUUGCAAUAGCUUUUCAUAGCACAAUAAAUUGUCUUUUUGCUGCACAAGUGAUGUGGUACUACAAGUUCAAAAAAUAUUCUUUGUCUCAUGGUAUGGCAAUAAACUAUGUCAGCCUGAGAUGGGUCCUCGAUUUAUCAUCACCAAAUUGUGUAUUGCCAUAAAGGGGGAUAUGCUGUUUUCGAUAAAUGCUCAAACGUGUCAGUACUGUUGUAUUUAAUACAAGGAAAAUUUUGAUUCAAUAAAUAAAAUCCGGAAAGAUUGAAAGUAUCCAUUUAUCGAUUGUUGGAGUAAGACGUUUUUAAAUUUAAGUCAUACUUAAUGUUGAAAUAAUCCAAGAUUUAAUAAAUGUUGUUAUAGAUCUAUUCACGCCCAAUUUAUCUCGUCACUGCCCAAGCUGAUAACUUUAUUUCCCAGAAGAAACAAUUGAUUUGAAAAAGUUUCAGCUUUUUUUAAAAUUGUUCGCAGAAAUCUAUCGCUAUUUGCAAGCUUGAGGCUGCGGAGCACAAAACUGUUGCUAUUAUCAACUGUUUUGAUUGACUUUGCUAAAAAUAAUUUGUUAUAUAAUCUUUGUGCUGGUCAAACAAGUAAUAGUGUUUACUUUCAAAAAGCGUUUAUUUGAAUCAUGUUUUUCGCAAAUA